AUGCAGAUGUCCACUCUAGCUGCUGUUCUAAUAGGCCAAGUCCUAGCUGAUGUCUGGGCUGGCCGAACACGAUCUCAAUGGGCUAGACUACAGCCUCUUCGGGGCCAGGAGGACCCGGGUAUUGAAUCUCCGAGCUCUGACGAUAAAACUGAAGACACCAACAUCGAAACGGACGUGCAAAGUAAAAGAGAAUAUUUUAAAGACAAUGCAGUUGAGGAGAAUCCUCGUGUGAACGAACGCGCCCGAGUGAAUCGAAAAGACAGCAAGAUUACUGUAAAGAAACUCAACGAUAAGUCACAGUACUCUCGGAAAUUGCAAAGGCCUAGAAGACGAGUCAAUAUUGCUAAAAGAAAGAAGCUUCCGUGUGGAUCUGUCACUCCUUCCAGAACCCAGAACAAGUCCUACCAGCAAGUAAUAUCACAACCGCAACGACUCAUUCUUUCCAAGCUGGACACGUACUCAGCUCUCUACAACUCCAAAAUCUAUCACACUCGCUCCGGCCGUCCAAGUGCGCCGACGUGGAAGGUUCUGGAUAACUAUAAUACUGAAAGGUUAUUGAGGCUCUCAAAGCAUCACCACGAGAAGAGAUCCAGACAAAGGGCACAGGAUCCCGAAGCGGAGAGAUUCUCAUAUGACUAGUUCGAGGGAUUUAGGAAGCGCUUAUUAUGGGACAAGCAAACAUUACAAAAAUCCAAGAGCCUAGAAUGAGUUAGAG